AUGUGUGAGAAGGCAUUUACAGAGUCAUCACAUCUUAAAACACACCAGAGAAUGCACACAGGGGAGAAACCCUUCAAGUGCACUAUGUGUGAGAAGGCAUUUGCAAAGUCAUCAAAUCUUCAGAGUCACCAGAGAACGCACACAGGAGAGAAACCCUUCAAGAGAAUGCACACAGGAGAUAAACCCUUCAAGUUCACUAUGUGUGAGAAGGCAUUUACAGAGUCAUCAACUUUUCACGACCACCAGAGAAUACACACAGGAGAGAAACCCUUCAAGUGCACUAUGUGUGAGAAGGCAUUUGCAAAGUCAUCAAAUCUUCAGAGUCACCAGAGAACGCACACAGGA